AUGACCUGGCAGAGGAGUAUGAAGGAGAUGACGAAACGCUUGGGUGCUGUCGGUGCUACUCGCCUUCCAGGAUGGGGACCGCGUGAUCCUCACUGUGCCUGGUUGGAGACACUACAAGAUAUGGCUGCCAACCGAUGUCAGUGGCGUUCUUGUUGUCAGUUUCUGUCCAGAUUGCCUGAGUGUUUCGUUGGUGAGCGGAUGAGUUCUGAUUCUAGUGCUCCGACAAGUUCUGAAGCACACUCUCAACCUUUACAACUUGCACCAUGUGGUUCAUCCUAUGCCAUAAACGUGGCGGCCAAGAAAACUUUCAACCCAGAUGACCUGGUUGAGCUUGCGAAACAAAUUAAAUCCUGUGAACAGUUCGUCACUGCGAAUGCCUCAUCGCGGUUAUAUUUGAUCGCAAAACAAAUGCAGUACCUAAAGGAACAAGCAACCGAUAUUCUAUGUGAGCUGAGAAGAGACACGGAGCUUCACAGUCUUCCUUGCAAUUUCGUCAAAAAGCCCGGAAAUAAUUACCACGUGUAUGAAAAACCAGAUGGAUCGCGAUACAUGGGCCUACUUUCUCCUGAGGAGUGGGGAUCAAAAUGCCCUCACAAAUUCAUCAAAUCCUAUAAACUUCUGCCAGAUAUGACCUGGGUUGCUACAGAUGACCUCUCGGAACAAGAAACUACGCGGAAAAUGGUUCAACAGUUCAUGUGCCCAUCGAAUCUCAGUGCCCUGGAUAAUAAAUCUAAAGAAGCCACAAAUUUCUAA